CCCAAAAACAUAAGUGCCUUUUACUGGCAGGAAAUAGUCACUUCUCAAAGCUCUCAAAAGCUCUGAACUCAAAAGGAUUUCUAUUUCCCUUUAUCAGAUAUUUAUUAACAAUUUUUGUUUUCAUUUUUUCCCAAAGCUAGAGGGUUUGGUGCCACAGAUGCAUAUUGAUUGAAAAGGAAUUAUCAGCAUGUAUUGCCAGAAAUGGAUUUAUUUUGCUUUGACCUUCGUUCACGUGGGGCCAUGUCUUCCCUGCAUGCACAAUUGUAAUACUAAGGACAUGGAACAAGAUUUGAUGAGAUCUCAGAGUGUGAAACAUAGCCAUGUUCGGAGCUUGCCGGUUGCACAGGAAGAAAUGAUGUCAACACUUCCUUUGAAAGCAGGCCAGCUGAAGUCUGACUUAGACAAGCAAGAUAAUUCUCUGAAUGGUCCACAAUUCUUGGAUGGGCCUUAUGAAGCUACAGUUCCUGAAAUGUCUCCAGAAGGUACCUCAGUCAUUCAGGUGACGGCAACAUACCCAACAGGUGUUCGUCUGAUUUACAGUAUUCUGCCAGAACAGCCCUAUUUUUCUGUGGAACCAACUUCAGGUGUGGUUAGAACGGCUUAUCCAGGGGACAGAGAAACCCAAGAUAAGUAUUUUGUUGUUAUCAAAGCUACAGUUGAACAAAUUGGUGGACCUUCAGGUACAACAACAGUGACUAUUAAUCUCUCUGAUGUUAAUGACAAUCCUCCUCGUUUUCAGCAUAAGCGAUAUGAAAUGAAUGUAUCCGAGGCAGCUCCUGUGGGCACCAUCCUUGGCAAAAUCAUGGCAAAUGACAGUGACAUAGGAGACAAUGCAGCUAUGGAUUAUAUAAUAGAAGAAGAUAACCCCCAUAUCAUUUGUAUCAUUACUAAUAAUGACACCCAGGAAGGAAUUGUCAUAUUGAACAAGACAGUUGAUUAUGAAAGCCAAAGGGCAUACAAAAUAAACGUGAAAGGCAUUAACCGGCAUGUUGAAAAGCGCUUCCUUGAAAAAGACGCUAAGUUUGAAGAUGAAACUAUUCUCAGGAUCAUAGUGAAGGAUGCUGAUGAACCUCCAGUUUUUGCAUUAGAGGAAUUCUUCAUGGAGGUUGCUGAAGAUAACUUGAAUGGCUCAUUUGUGGGAACUGUGAGUGCCAGAGAUCCAGAUGAAUUUGACAGUCCAAUCAGAUAUUCUAUUGCCCAUCGCAAGAAUUUAAAGACGUUUUUCAGUAUUAAUGCCCACAAUGGAACCAUUAGUAUAACUGGACCUCUGGACCGAGAGAAACAGAUUUGGCACAACCUAACUGUUACUGCCAUAGAAUCAACGAACCCAAAACAAAUGUCAGAAGUAAAUGUUUAUAUUAAAGUUCUUGAUGCAAAUGAAUAUGCACCAGAAUUUGCAGAAUACUAUGAGACGUAUGUGUGUGAGAAUUCAAGAGCUGGACAGCUCAUCCAAACAAUCAGUGCAGUAGAUAAAGAUGAUGCUAUGGAAAACCAUAUUUUUUCAUUCUAUUUGAUGGAAGAGAGCAAAAACGGUUCCAGUUUUGAACUUGAAGAUAAUGAAAAUAACACUGCCAGGAUCCUUACUGCAAGAAGUCGGUUCCAUCAUUCUGAACAAUUUCUUUAUCCCUUGCCCAUACUAAUUGUGGACAAUGGAAUCCCUGCUCUCACUGGCACCAACACUUUAACAGUCACUGUGUGUGAUUGUAAUGAAGAAAUUAGCCUUUUGUCCUGUAGAUACGGAGCAUUCCUGAUUUCGAUGGGGAUUAGUGUACAAGCUUUAGUUGCUAUUAUGGCUUGCCUGCUCAUAAUAAUAGUAUUUGUUUUAGCAGUUGUGGCUUUGAAGCACCAAACAAAGCCAGCAGCAUUUCAUGAGAAAGGAGAAAUAUUCAGAGAGAAUAUUUUCAAGUAUGAUGAUGAAGGAGGUGGAGAACAAGACACCGAGGCUUUUGAUAUUUCUGCACUGAGACCACAAACUGUUCUGCGACAACACAAGCCACGAAGAAAUAUUACAACAGAAAUCCAGAGCCUUUACAGGCAAUCUCUCCAAGUUGGUCCUGAAAGUGCAAUAUUCCGGGAAUUCAUUAAUCAAAAGCUAGAAGAAGCCAAUUGUGAUCCAGAUGUUCCUCCUUAUGAUUCCCUCCAGAUUUUUGCUUUUGAAGGAACAGGUUCAUUGGCUGGGUCCCUUAGUUCAUUGGAAUCAAACUCAGUGGGAUCACUUAUGGAUGACCAUUAUGAUUACCUUGUUGAACUAAGAUCUCAAGUCAAAAGUUCCGGAAGCAUGAAUGACCACAGUUCAGCAGAAUGGUGAAGUGUUAAGAAGUGCUAAUAUCAAAAGAGUGGGAAAGAAUUGGAAGGGUGAUUAGGAUAAUCUGAAAAAAUCAGAAGACAGAGAAAUCGAUGGUUCUGCCAAGCACUGUUACUCAGCACAAAUCUUAUUGCUGACACAGCCUUUUCUAAUAUACACUAUCACAACUGGAAAAAAUACAUCAGCACAUGGGAAUAAGAGAUCAGCCAUGCACAUUCUUAAAAAGAUUCUGAAAUAAAUAACAAAUUGGGCUACUCUCAGAUUAACUUUUGGGUCUUAGUAGGCACAGGGAUAUUUUAUUUUGCAAAAGUCAUAUUAAAUUCAUGAGCAGAAACUGUAUUUUCUAAGAAAGUUUUCAGCAAAAGAAAGACACUAGAGUGCAGAAUUUUAAUUUUUGAACUAUUUACAAAACUGUAGAUAUAUUGAUUACAGUUGAAUUAUCAUCAUAGUAAAUUAAUAUAUGCACACACACUUUGUUUUAAAAGAUAAAUGCAAUUAUAUGGAAUUAUAUAUGAAUGAAUUUAGAAACAUGAAAAAUAAUGUGGGUGAACUGGAAACCUGGCGGAAGAUCAAAAUAAUAUGUGUUUUCCAUUUUCAGGUAUAGGUAAAUCCCCAGAUCAAACCUAUAUUUUCCUACAGUUGUCUUAAGUCUCACAGCUUUUUUCCCCCAGAUAAAUUAACCAGUUUGCUAUUAUACAUAACUUAGCAUUUGAUUAUUGCUUAUGUCUCUACAUAUUCUUUAGUAUAUAAAUUAUUUUAUUUUUCUAAAACACACUAGAAUAAAAGCAUGGUUUGUUAAUAAAUUUUAUGGAAUCACUGUACUGAAAUUUGAGAUUCAAUAGUUGCAAGAUAUUAUUUGAAUUUGUGAUUCAAGAAUCAGUUUUAAAAAGUUAUUCAAGUUUCAAUAUUUGAUUAAAUUUUAAAACAUUGACCAUGGAAUAUUAUGGGAAAAUAUUAACAUAUUUGUGACUGCUAGUCUUGGGAAAAUGGGAUGAAAAUAGCAAAAAUGUAUAUAGGAUAUUAACCAAAAUGUUAUUUACAUAGCUUCAAGAAUUCCACCACAAUCAAAUUUUAAAAUAUUCUCUGUAUUUAAGGCAGCAAUAGGUUUAGACAAAAAGAGACUAAAACAGUCUUUAGAUUGUUAGCGAAUAGCCUACAAUGAACUGUACUGAACCACUGAAGAAAAUAAAAGAAAGGAAGGAAGGAAGGAAGGAAGGAAGGAAGGAAGGAAGGAAGGAAGGAAGGAAGGAAGGAAGAAAUGGGGGAGAGAGAGAGAGAGAGAGAAAGAAAGAGAAAGAGAGAAAGAGAGAGAAGGAAGGAAGGAAGAGAGAAAGAAAGAGAAAGAAAGAAAGAAAGAAAGAAAGAAAGAAAGAAAGAAAGAAAGAAAGAAAGAAAGAAAGAAAGAAAGAAAGAGAAAGAAAGCUUUUGUUAAAGAUUAAAGAGUUUACCAUCUGGAGUUAGAAUCUACAAGUUUAUUGGCUUGCCUUAUUGUCAAGGUUAGCCAUACUUGUUUAUGGAGCAAUUUAAAAGCAUGUGUGAGAAGCAAGUGCAUUAAGACUUCUUUGUAUACGAUACAAUACUAUAUAAAGAAAUACUCAAUAUGCAAUAGACUAAAAACCAAGCAUUCAUUUAUUUGCUGAAAACUCACUCUCAGGCAAAAAGAAAAAGAAAAACAGCCUUUUUGUCCUGUUUAAUAUUUUGAAGGGAUGGUAGGGAGAAUGCAAAAGGAUAUAAGGGAAACUGAAAGAAUAGAGACUGUCUUACCAUUCAGUUAUUUGAUAUGAAUUUGAGGAAGAGGUGAUGAGAGAGAGAGAGAGAGAGAAAGAGAGCACAAACCAAUCAAAAUAAACUCAAGGAUGUCUUUUGUCCUUCCAGGCAGACCUACAUAAAAAAAAUCUAACUGAAAAGUAAGAAACAAAUAACAAAAUAAUAUUCCCCCAAGUAUUCUGAUAAGCAGGGUUGAUAAAGGAGAUAAACCUCAAUGGCUCAAAUCAAUAUUGGAUUCCAUGACAUCAUUCAGGUCCCAUGAGGUCAUUCUGCAACAAUGUUUAAGCAUGGAACACAUGCUGAUUCCCAAAUCUUCUUUGAACUCUGAAACAAUUGAAAUCAUCUGAUUCAGUUCAAUGUCUCAGAGAGAUUUCAUUUGAAGGCAAAAUCUGAUAUAAACUCAUGAACUUGAAGAUCCUUUCAAAGUUCUGCAAAACCUUCAUAGUCAACUUGUAUUCACAAUUGUUAGUUUUCAAAAUUCAUUUAGAAAUGUAUUGAUUUCUCACUGGUAGAAAUCUGAAAAAGUUAAAAUUGAGCAAUUUCAAGAAUAAAGCAGUAUUCACUUUAAUUGCACUAACUAGCUUGUGUUACAGUAUAUAAAAACAAGGGCUAUUCACAUAUACUGUAGCUCUUCCCUUCUUAAAAAAUGAUUGACUUCCCAGUCAGUUAUUUUAUUUUUACUAUAGAAUAUAAAAUUAGCUUCAGCAAUCAUUUUUAUUAUCAGAAUAUUAAAAAACCUUCUAAAAUGCUGACAUAAAAUUUUACGUAUAAAAUUAGUUAAAAUGCUAAUACGAGGCAUUAAUGUUAAUCUAGCUCUUUAGUAAAAGGAUCCCAUCCAUUACAUCUCUCCAAAAUUAAAUUAAAUGUUCCUAUAGUAUUGUUUGUUUGCACAGUCUCUAGACAGAAUAAAAUUGGCUUCAAACUAUUAUUCUCUGUUAUUAUACUAUAAUUUAGAUUGGGAAACUGAAAAAGUUCCUAAAUCUGUAAUGGUUUUUCCAUUUUUUAAUGGAUGAUUAACACAGAACGUGUCAACCCAAUUUUAAGUUAAGACAAUUUAAAAACCAUCAGUUCAUUCAAACAAAUCCAGUGAGAAAAGCUUGUACAUCUUUAUUUACCUUGUUUUUAUUCAGUGCAUGUUUCAUAGCCACAGCAUCAUAUAACACCAAAAUCUAAAACUGGCAUUGGAAUAAGGAAAGUCAACCAACCUUUUUUUCCCCUUUCUCCAAGUAAAAGGUAAGUGAUGCAAGAAUGGAAAAGCAAAUGUGCAAUUCUCCUGAUCCUCUUGGAUGUCUCAAAUGGCUUCAAUCAUGGAAUUCUUCUGGACUGGCAGGAGAAUUGAUUGAGAAGCAUUAUACUUCUCUUUCCCAAGUGGUCAGUUCCAGUUGGUGGGGAAGGGCAAGAUUAAACACUUGGACAUUUUGUUUGGGGUAUUGCAGGGCUCAGGCCUUUCCAUCUUACAUAGACCCAGUAAAAAAUAUCACCCAUUACCUUGCAAUAAGAUAUUGUUAAUGUUGUACAUCUACAUGCCUGGUUGUACAGAUGAUGUGGUCCUAGCUCAGCACAAGAGCUGUUAGGGAUUGGAUAUGGAAAAAGAGACUUGGCUUUAGCCCCAGAAAGUUGGAGCUGCUGAAAACUUGGAAGCCGCCUGAUUCCAGAAAUCAUCUUGCUCUGAAUGGGUUAUAUUCUGCAAAUGAAGCUAGCCUGCAAUCUGAGGUUUUUGUAGAGCUCAUAGAAUUAGUUUAAAAGCAAGCGGAUAAUAUGAGGCAAAAACUAUUUUCACAAUUACACUUUGUUCCCUCUGUUACUUGUAACCAAGAGUCUUUACUCAUGAUCAUUCAUUCCUUUGUCAUUUUAUAUCUGGAUUAUUGAAUGUUAAUCUACAUGGGUCUAGGUAAAUGAGUCAUACGUCAGUCAUGUAAGUGUGAUGUUAUAGAAAAUUGAUAAACAAAUUUGAAAGCUGGUUCAGCAGGCAACAGCUGAAGUACAAUAGCACCCCUUGGUUCGUUUAAUGGAAGUUGGAUGGUUGUUGUCAGCAUCUUGGUGGAAUUCAAGACAAUGGCCAUCAUCUUUAAAAAAAUAAUAACGGAUAACUCUGAAUUUGCCUUUUUUGGCAUGAAUCUGCACAUCCAGCAAGAUCAGGGAGAAAAGGUCUGUAUAGGGCGGGGGUAAUCAACCUUUUUAUACCUACCGCCCACUUUUGUAUCUCUGUUAGUAGUAAAAUUUUCUAACUGCCCACCAGUUUGGGGGGGAGAUGCGUGAACUAUUCUGGGACGAGGCUCUUUUGUUUGCAGUCGCACUAUAGCGCCAUUUAGUUUCAUUUACAUAACGUGAACUAAACUUAUGCACAGGCUAUACAAAUAGUAUAUUUUCAGAAAUUUAAAUUGUCACGGGGAAUUUUAUGAAAACCUAAUGAAAAUGUUUUUAAAUAAUGCUAUGAUUUUUUUAAAAAAAGUCA